AUGACGGGGGCGGGGGAGGUCCAGGUGGCGGGGGAGGAGGAGGAGGAGACGGAGGCGGCGGCGGUGGAGGCCCUGGGGAGGGAGGUAUUGGCGGAGGAGGCGGCCCCUCGGGGGGAGGAGGCGGUGGUGGCGAUGGCGGCGGAGGUCCUUCUGGUGGAGGAAGCUGAGGAGGUGAAGGUGGAAGAGGCCCCUCUGGCGGCGGCGGAGGUGGGGGUGAACGAGGCGGUCCUUGAGGAGGGGCCGGAGGUACUUGUCGUCCUUGAUAUUGAUGACCAAGGUCGAGGUUCAAUCUCGGCGGUGGAGAUUUCCUUCGAAUCAACGAAAAAAUAG